GUUGAUUACCAAAUAGUUUAUUUCAUGAGCUCAUGUGUUUGUGUGUCUUCUCUUCAUGAGUAUAUUUUUGUUGGUCUUUUUUUCUUCUGUUCCAUAAACAAAAAUAGAAAACUAAAUUGUGAUUGAACGAUCGAUGGUGAAGUUGACAAAGAGAAUAGGAGGGCUUGUGCUGCGAUUAGCCGCGUUUGCGGCGGCUCUUGCCGCUUUGAUCGUUAUGGUCACUAGCCGAGAGAGAGCUUCCUUCUUCGCCAUUUCUCUUGAAGCUAAGUACACCGACAUGGCUGCGUUUAAGUAUUUUGUGAUCGCAAACGCCGUCGUGAGUGUUUAUAGCUUUCUAGUUUUGUUUCUUCCAAAGGAGAGUUUGCUGUGGAAGUUCGUUGUCGUCUUGGAUUUGGUUAUGACAAUGCUGCUGACGUCAAGUUUAUCGGCGGCAUUAGCGGUGGCGCAAGUGGGAAAGAAAGGAAACGCAAACGCAGGUUGGCUUCCGAUUUGUGGCCAAGUUCCAAAGUUCUGCGAUCAGAUAACCGGAGCUCUAAUCGCCGGUUUCGUAGCACUCGUCCUCUACGUCUUCUUACUCUUAUACUCUCUCCACUACGUCCUUGAUCCUUUUCUUCUCCAGAAAUCUUGAAUCUAACCUUUUUUUUUGUUUAUUUUCUUUUCAAUAUCAGUUAAUACAAGUAUCUCGUAUAUAGACACACAAACACAAACAUAGCUCAAUAUCGAUCUAAGAGGUAGUUUGUGUAUUGUGUUUAUAUGUUUUCUUUUCAUAUUUCAUAGUAUUAUUUAAAACCUCUUUUCAUAUGGAUUAUACAUGAAAACAGAUAAGUAAUUAACCGGCCUGUGUUGAAUGAGAACAUUCCUAGUAACAAAAAGGGAUAAGACAAAUAUUGUUC